AUGUUGCGGAACGGGAGUGUGACCGUUUUCUUCCCACUUGACACUGCAAGACUACGGCUGCAAGUGAAUGAGAAGAGGAAGGCCAUUCUGUCAGAGAUUGUUAAGGAAGAGGGGUUGCUGGCGCCCUACAGGGGCUGGCUCCCAGUGAUCUGCAGUCUCUGCUGCUCCAACUUCAUCUACUUCUACUGCUUCCACAGCCUGAGAGCCAGCUGGCUCCGGGGACACAAGUCAACUCCAAGCAGAGACCUGCUAAUGGGCACCACUGCAGGUGCAGUGAACGUGUUUAUGACCACUCCGCUGUGGGUGGUCAACACACGGCUCAAGCUUCAGGGGGCAAAGUUCCGCAAUGCAGACCUCCGUCCCACUAACUACUCAGGCAUCAUAGAUGCCUUGGUGCAGAUCAUUGAGGAGGAAGGGGUGGGGGCCCUGUGGAACGGGACAUUCCCCUCUCUCCUGCUGGUGCUCAACCCGGCUGUCCAGUUCAUGAUCUAUGAGGGCUUGAAGAGGCAGAUGAGAAGCUUGGUUCACAGAGAGCUGGUGUCUCUUGAGAUCUUUCUGAUUGGUGCCAUAGCCAAAGCAGUGGCCACCACAGUCACAUACACACUACAGACUGUACAGUCCAUCCUGAGUUUUGGUCAACACACGCAGCACACAGGCGGAUCGCCACUUGUCAACAGCCUGAGAAGUGUGAUGCACCUGCUGAUCAAUAGUGAGGAAGUAUGGCAUGCUGGGCCUGUUCAAAGGCCUGGAAGCUAAACUCCUACAGACUGUCCUGACCGCUGCCCUCACGUUCCUGCUCUACGAGAAGAUUGCCAGCAGCACUUUCAGGGUCAUGGGAGUGAAGAGGCCUGCAUCCAGCCACUAGCCUGUCUGUUACAUCAGACAUCCGAUCCCAUAUUGCUCCCUAUCUAUCCCCCCCGUAGCCCUAACCCCUCAAUGUUGGCAUGUCUAAAGGAUCUGGAUAGGUAUAAGCAGUGUAGCUAGGGGUAAAUCUUUCACCGUAUUGCUUCUAUCUUACAUAUAUGCAAGUGUCAAAGGGUUAGGGCCAAGGGGAAGGGAUCGAACUGAGACUGUACCAGAGAUAUUAGAGAAAGGAUGAGACAGCAGUCCCAUUGGGCAAUGAAUGGGGGAAUGUAUAACGCUUCACCCAGAAGACUGUCGACCAAUCACUUGGUCCACGCGGUGCAUUCUGGGCAACUCUGGGACAAGAAGAGCUCUCCUUCAAACAGUGAAUGGGAGUCAAUUGGGCACGAGCUCAAAAUCCCCAAAUUAGCACCAAUAACCCAAACCCUUUUCCUAACCGUAAUUCUCCUAAUCUGCUGCGUAAAUUCUCCUAACCUGCUACGAGAAGCCAAAUCUGACGUUCAUUUGACAAAAGCUGUAUCCCUUCUAGCCAUAAUCCACAAAUUAUUUAGUGAUGCAUUGUUGCUCUUGUCAAAUCACUGAGACAUUUUUUCAUUGUGUCAUUAAGGGAUGUAAUUAAAUGCAUUUUUGUACAGCACAAUGUCAUGGAUGGAUAAUUCACCAACAUUUCAGAUUCUCAGAAAGGGCUAAACGGGUCCCCCACCAUCGAAGGAAUAUUUGGGAAGGAAUGGUGCCUUGAUCUAUGGAACCAUGGGGAUCCCUACAGCACAGAGAACAGUCCGCAACACAUUGCCAAAUCAAUAGGGGUGCCUUCAGGCCAAGCUGACGUUAAAGAGGAGGAUUUUGAGGUGGAAAUCAUAAACAGCAGAGACCAACAGGAAAGACCAACAAUAAUUUUAGACGGAGAUGAUGACUUAUUGGACAAUGGAAGAGAAGGGCCCUCCAAUGAGUAUCCAUCCUUUGAUUCCUUCCGCCAGGACAGGCCAGGGAGACGGGAUAAACAGGUACUGGAGAUGUCAACUACGGAUGUCUCCACAGGACACACUUUACGUUUCAUAUCCAUCGACGGAGUGGAGGAGGAAUAUGGCGAACAUGUAUUUCCCAUUGAGGACGAUGAGACGAAUGAGUUCCUACCAGACGAUACCGAGCUGUUGCCCAACGAAGGACAAGAUGAACACAUCACAAAGCCAACGUAUGCAAAGAAGUCUUUAGCAAAGUCAAAAAGCAAAGCUGGAAAGACUGCUGGGAAGACUAAGACUUUCAGUUACUUUAAUAGGUUUAACUUGCACUCCCAUAGUAAAUCCGACACAAACAAGUUAAGUUGUGUGAUUUGUAAGAAGACUUUCUUACGGCAGAACCAUCUGACGAUGCAUAUGAAAUCUCACAAAUCGCUGUACUGCAGUGUGUGUAAGAACUGUUAUCCUGGGAAAACUCAGCUCAAAAAACACAAGUGUGUUGCUCCCGAUUAUCUGGCCUCGAACAGCUCUAAGUACUUUUGCCAUUACUGCGGCAAGUCUUUCAGCUGUCCGUCAAGCCUGAGGAUACACCACCUGGUGCACACGGGAGAGAGACCCCACACGUGCACUGUCUGCGGGAGAGGAUUCACACAGAAGGGCAAUCUGAAAUGUCACAUGCGCCUUCACACUGGUGAGAAACCGUACAAAUGCCUCACAUGCGAAAUUGGUUUCACCCAGAAAGUAUACCUCACUCAGCACUUGGCCAAAGCUCACGGUCAAAAGGAAGAUAAUAAGAAAAAGAAGGCUGAAGUGCACAAAUGUUCUAAGUGUCAGUUGUCUUUCGUCAAUCAGCAACUGCUCCAAACACACAUGACUGUUCAUAAAAAUAAAUGAAGUAUUUUUGGUUGAUUGCAAUACUCUUGACUUAAAGGGGCAAGCUGCAGUUGCUACAUCUAUUUUGGGACUUAGAAAUGAUGUACUCAUUUAUUGUUGAAGAAUAUAACUUAAUGCCUCAUGAGCUUAGUUGAACUGUUGUACCCCAUCAGAACCCAACAUAAACAAAGUAAACACAUUUGUUAUUUAGCAGACGCUCUUAUCCAGAGCGACUUACAGGAGCAAUUAGGGUUAAGUGCCUUGAUCAAGGGCACAUCGACAGAUUUUUCACCUCGUCAGCUCUGGCAUUCGAUCCAGUGACCUUUCGUGUACUAGGGCAACACUCUUAAUGACUAGGCUGCCACCCUAAAUAGCCUCAAAACAUGGAUAAAACUAUCAUUUUGAUGGUCAGUCCUUGCAUCAAUAGCUCUAUGAAUUUGAGUUGUUAGCCUACAUUUCACCAGGCCCAGCCCUCAGCUUUUUACCGAAAAGGGUGGGGAGGCCUCUUAUCUGAACCGCUGAUUGCCCCUUUAAAGGAUUGUGUGCCUGCUCUGCUCAACUGGAGAACCAAAUACUGUCUAGUGUAUGUCAUACUUCACAAUAUUGGAGCGACCUUAACACGUCACCUAGCGACCUUGUCAAGGGGUAUGGAUCUGGACGCUGGACCUGGGAGUCCACCCCCCCCCCCCAAAUACACUACAGUAUGUUGUAGGCUUUAUUUAUCUGAAUUCGCUACAACACUAACAUGUUAUGAUUUACCUACAAUAAAAGUAAAUUGAAGUUUUAUUUUGCAAAGAACGUGGCGCAUGAGUAUUGCACAAUUCAUAAGUACUGUAAUGUUUACCUACCACUAGCCUGUUCUAUAUUUUAGGCUCAAGGAAUUAACCUGCCAAUGUUUGAUGCAAGAUGGCACUGUAUCUGCAUUGUCCUCUAUACGUUGGUACAAAUUACAUAAGAUAUCAUUAAAUGGAUGUUUUCAAGUUCUGUUCCCAGCAGUGCAUUUUGUACUUGUUUUGUACAUAAUGCUUCCAUGAUUGUGUCAGUUGUUUUUCUGGAAUAUAUUCAUCUACUGUAAACUUAGUUUGGUUUCAUAAUUAAAACACCAUUAAUGGUA